GGGGGUGUGUCUCUCGUCCGCUCCCUUCCCGGGGCGGGAAAUCCGGGCCGGGUUGUGGCCGCUGCCGCGUACGUGAGCGCUGUGUCCCGGCGACAGGCUGGCCAGGUGGGCGCGCACGGAGCCGAGGCGGGCGGGCUGCGCGGGGCCGGGCCGGCGGCGCUGGACGAGCUAGGCGAGCGGCGCGACGAGGAAGCUGAUGCGUGGAGAAGUCAUGGCUUCCCAGAGGUCACCCUCCUGUUCAGAAGGCAGAAUGGCCAGUGUGUUGUCACGGCGUCUUGGCAAGCGAUCCCUCUUGGGAGCCAGAGUGUCUGUCCCCAGUGCCUCUGGAGAUGGCCUAGCUGCAGGAGUCCAGCCCUCAGGUUCCCAUGCUGAGCUAGUAGGGGUGGUUGCUCCCCAACCCUUCCCUGUCUACAAGGACAACCACUACCAGGAACAUCCUAAGGAGAUCCUCAUGGCCCUUGGUGUCCCAGGUCUGCAGCAGGUGGUGUUUCAGCCAGGGCAGAAGGUCUGUGUGUGGUAUGGGGGUCAGGAGUGUACAGGAAUGGUAGAGCAGCACAACUGGGCAGAAGAUAAGGUGACGGUUCUGCUGCUGGACCAGAAAUUGCAAAUCUGCUGCAAAUCAGAGGAGGUGUGGCUGCCGGAGGUGAAGGGGUCUGUGCCUCAACUGCCACCAAGCAUGGAACAGGCAACUCCUACUGCAACAUACAGAUCUGUCUCCAGGAAUAUUGAUGUCCCGAAGAGGAAGUCAGAUGCAGUGGAGAUGGAUGAGAUGAUGGCAGCCAUGGUCCUGACCACAUUGUCUUGCAGUCCAGUGGUGCAAAGUCCGCCUGGCUUCGAUUGCAAUUUACCUGCAUCCCGAACAGCUUGUGACCCAUGGAAGGAGAGUGGAGAUGUGUCAGACAGUGGCAGCAGCACCACCAGUGGGCAUUGGAGUGGGGGCAGUGGGAUCUCCACUCCAUCUCCUCCGCACCCUCAAGCAAGCCCCAAAUAUUCGGGCGAGGCCUUUGGCUCACCAAAAGCUGACAAUGGUUUUGAGACAGACCCUGAUCCUUUCCUGAUGGAUGAGCCAGCCCCACGCAAAAGAAAGAACUCAGUGAAGGUGAUGUACAAGUGUCUGUGGCCAAACUGCGGCAAAGUCCUGCGCUCCAUUGUGGGUAUCAAGAGGCAUGUCAAGACCCUCCACCUGGGGGACAGUGUGGACUCUGACCAGUGGAAACGGGAGGAGGAUUUCUACUACACAGAGGUGCAGAUGAAGGAGGAAGCUGCUGCUGCAGCUGUUGCUACUCCCACGACUGAGGCAGUUCCCAUCCAGAAUCUGACCAACCCACCCCUUGCCAUCCUACCACCACCCCUGCCCCAGGCUGAGUCCUUGGUCCUGGAACACCCUGUCUUGGAACCUUACUUGCCCACUGGCACUCUCAGCAAGUCAGCCCCUGGCUCCUUUUGGCAUAUUCAGGCUGACCAUGCAUACCAGGCACUACCAUCAAUCCAGAUCCCAGUAUCUCCACACAUAUAUACUAGCAUUAGUUGGGCUGCUGCCACUUCUACUAUCCCAUCCCUUUCUCCAGUCCGGAGCCGGUCACUAAGCCUCAGUGAACCCCAGCAGCCACCACCUACGUUGAAAUCCCACCUGAUUGUCACAUCACCACCGCGAUCACAGAGCAGCACCAGGAAAGCCCGUGGAGAAGCCAAGAAGUGCCGGAAGGUGUAUGGCAUUGAGCAUCGGGACCAGUGGUGCACAGCCUGUCGGUGGAAAAAGGCUUGUCAACGAUUCCUGGAUUGAACUUGUUGAACCUGCUCAACUUCUUACUUCCCUGGUCCCAGAGCCCAUCCCCCCAGGCCCUGACCUGGCAGCCCAGAGGAGGAAGUGAUGCAGCAGUGUCUUCUGAGCCUCCAGCAGUGACUUAACGAUUCAAGUUCAGAUUUUGAGUGUGGGAUGUAUUGGUCAAAGUUUAACUGGGUUUUUUUCUUUCAUUUUUUGUUUUUUUUGGUGGGGAUGCUUUAUUUUGGUUUUGGAAAUGCGAAGGAAAUGAGAGAAUUUUUCCUUCCCAUUGGUCACAGAAAACAGGAGAAAGCCAGAGCCGAUGAUUUUUGUGCCCUGUAGUGACCCAGAGACCAAAGAAUUAUUUUCUUUUUUCCUUCUGUUAUUUUCCCCAGCUAUCUGGGGAUAGGUUCUUCUGAUGCUCAUGGAAGGAGCAGCUCUCUCUUGAUGUUGCUGCUGAGUCGGCACAUUCUCUCCAAAAUCUUCCCAGAGGGACUGCUUGGUGCCCAGGAGAGGCAGGAUGAAUUGUUUAGAAAGUGACUCCACUGGCCACAUGAGGACAGGAAGUUUUGAUGCUGAUAGAAAUGGAAAGUCAAGAGAAAAGGGUGCUUGGGUAUUUGGCCAAGCGCAUUCUGCGGUCCAUCUAACUUCAGGAGAAGGAAGAUUUAUCCUUUUUCAUUCAGCAGCAUCCAUGGAAAUGAAAGGACAUUUUAUCUGUUAGUAAUACAUUUGUUCAAGCUAUUUUAUUCUGGGUUCUUUUAGACGUUGGGUUUCACCCCCAGCCUGUCUCAUUUGGUUCUUGAAAGCCAAGGCAUGAUGGAUUUUUAAGAGUCUCCAAACCAAGCUAAGCCAGAGGAUAAUAGUGACCUCCCACAUUUCAGAGGGAGAAUCAACACUGCCUUGAGCAUUGAAGUGUUUUGUUUUGUUUUUUUUUCCAUUUCAGUGAGGAAAUGCUGGAGGUUGUUACAGCCUCUCCUUAAACUUGUGCUGCCACCCAAAGUGAAAUCCCUUCAUCUUUUACCCUUCUCAUUAUAGAAAUAAGUCACAUUAAAAACAACAACAAAAACCUCUUUGGGGUUUUUUUCAUAUGUUUUAUCUUGCUAACCUUUUUUUCCCUUAUUGGUCAUUAAGAGACCAUCGUAGGUUCCUCAAACUCUCCCAUUCUCAUUGUGGACAGCCUUUCUCCUCCCACCCCUCUCCAGGCUGCUGGAGGGUGACUGGUUCUAGCAGGGGGUAGAGGGGAGGGGGAGUUGGGGGAGAUUAUAUGAAGGGAAUAAGAGCAUGAUAGGUGGCAACUUGGGAAUGGAGAAGGAAGUUGAGAGGCCCCACAUUCUACUCUUCUCUAAUUUGCCUCUCUGAGAAAGGACACUUCUGAUAUCCAGUGUGAACAUCCCAUGAACUCCCAGGCUCAGACACUAAAGUUCUGUUAUCUGUGCUUUGUCAUGGUGUACCCCCCUUGAAACUUAACAAAGUCCUAGUUUCUAAAGCUGAUGGCAGGCAGGGUGGGAUGUGGGAUGAAAGUUGCAGGACUUAGGUGAACGCCAUGUGGGAUGGACCUAGGGACCACUGGAAUAUCCGUUCCUUAAAGGUCUUUGGGGACCAAAACCCUUAGCUGCAGUGCCUUGCUUCUAGAGGUAGAUGUGCAAAAAUGGUGUAUUUGUAUCUAAGAUUAGGCAUUGGGAGCUUGGGUCACUUGGAGAAUCUGAUAACGACUUGGCAGAACAUGACUUGAGGGGGGCUAAGGAAGUAAGGCAUGGUUCUUUUGUUCCUCUCAGUUCCUACCUUCCCUCUACUUUAUAGCAACCUAUUUGAUAAAGCCCAGAUUACAGGCAUGCAGUAUUCUCUGGAGCCCAUCUGAAUAGGCCAUCCAGUGCCUAAUUGCCCAUAGGAGGAAACCUGGAUGUGCAUUAUAGAAGGCUGAAACUCAGGGAACCACACCAAGCCACCUCAGCUGGGACUUUGUCAGAACCACACCCAGCCACCAAAGUUCAUUUACUUGCUAUGAGCUAUGAAGAAGUGGGAGUUUUGCUUAAAUUUUCUCCUUACAAAAUGAAAUUGCAAAUGUAGCCAUAACAUGAUACCAUGACUCACUCAAGCAAGCUGGACUGGGAUGAUAAGGAGAGAGAGAGGAAAUCAGAGAAAACUGCCUUAUGGCAGUGGAAUAUAUUUUUGUAACUUUGUAAAAUGUUUCUAAGUUGGAAUUCUAGUUCCUGGUCAAGCUAGAAACUAGGCCAGAAAAAAAAAGCCACUUCCUCCCGUGUGUCUGUCUUGGGUCAAAACUGAAUUUGAGUCCAGAAUAAAACUUCCUUACUUCCAUUUCCUCUGUGUAUACGAAGAAACUAGUCCUUGCUUGUACCUUGAUCGUCUGUCAAAUCCCCCUGAGGUAAAAGGAUCUUUCUGAGAAAUGGGCUCCUCUUCUGAGGCCAAAAUGUUCACUAGGCCUUUCCUCCAAGACGUCUUUGGUUUAAAAAAAGGUUGCUUCUCAGGGUCUGGAUAGUUAUAGACUAGCUAGGCAUGAAAGUUUUCCCUUGGUGAGGUAUCUUUCCAGUAACAUUGGUAUAGCAGAACAAACGGGAGGCAGGAGAAGACACUCAUGGAACCUGCAGAAUAAAAAUUAAAGUGAUUUUCAAUUCAGCUCCUUAUGCCUCUUUUAAUUUUUAUUCCACUUUGGUGGUGGCAUGCCUCUUGCCCUUUGCCAGUCACACCUCCAUUCUCUCGCUGUUGUGUUGGUCCUUGAUAUUUGGUCUGAUUUUGGGGUAAAAAAAUCUCAAUUCUUUCUCCUCUGUCGGGGUGGUUUGUGAGUUGAUCAAGUCCAAAAAUUGCUGUUUGCUUUAUUUCUCUCUCUCCACUUCUCAGCCUCUCCGGGUGAUGGAUUCUGAUUGUUGGAAGACAGGGUAGAAGGAACACUUCUCAGUAGAAGACCUCUCAGCACUUCUUGAGUAUACGAGGUGUGACGUGGAAUAAUGUUGCUUUAAAAAAAACCCAACAAAACUUAAAUGUUCAAGUGAACAUCUUUUCAAAGGAGUCACCUUAAGAGGUGAAGUACUUAUUCCAAUGCUGCCGUUCAAAACAUUUGUGGAAUGAAAUUCCCCCUCCCCCAUUUUUUGUGCAGUUGUCUUCAGACCCUCUGUUCUUUUGACUGUCAGCAGUGGUGAUAAAUCCUUUUCAUUUAUGAGUGUGUUAGAUUAAAAACAAAAACAGACAAAAAGCGGUUAGAACCACUCAUGGAUAAGAAAUUGGGUUAUGAGGCUAGGUGAUACUAUGUUUAAAAACAAGGUGUGAUGAUUGUAAGGUAAUGAAAGCAGAGAGAGAGAAAGAGUGUAGUUCAUUAAUGCUCUUUGGAGACAGUUAUUUUUGUCCUCCCUUUUCUUUUUAAAACUAAUUUUUUUUACUAUCUUUUGCUUUUAUAUCCUCUAUAUUUCCCAGUGUAUCCCUCAGCCCUACUACUUCUGAGAGCCAUCUUUUCUAAUGAAGAAUAAAAAAUAAGGGGGAAGAAAAGUUCAGCAAAACUUACCAAUACAUUGAGAAAGUUCGAUACUGUCUGUAAUGUCCCAUACCCAUGGUCCCCCACUUCUACCAGUUGGAGACCGUUCUCAAGGAGCAAUUCCAAAGCUGUUUUGAGAAGGGGUAAUAUCAUUGACAUGAUUGUGUAGCCUCCCAAUUAAGGAGAACACUCAUUUGGAUGCAUGAGUUCUGGUCUGUUUAAACAAUCUGCCUCAUUCUUUGAUGGUCACACCUUGUAAAAUCAUAAAUACCAUCCUAGGGACUGGCUAUUUACUAAGGGCAAGGAAAAGGGGGAUAAAUCCCGGAUCUGUGAAUUUGUCUUACUGGAGCUUUUUCCCUUUCCCAGCUGUCUUCCAAGUAUUAUUUUUAUUGUUAAAAAAAUUUUUAAAUGUGAAAUGUAAUGUUUUUACUGCAGCAAUAUGAAAUAUAUUUUAUAAGGAAUAAAAUGGAACAUUGGCUGAUUU